AUGGCUAGACAUGAUUCAAUUGCAGUAUUCAUUUCUCAGCAUAUCAAUGUAAUCUUUCAACCUGACGAUCAACUUAAGAGACGAUCGAUCAACUUUCUGCCCUCUCCUUUCACUUCUCAUGUUUGUUUCUUGGUGUUUCUUGGUGAUCUAAAUAUGCCGUACAGUGUACUCGUCGAAUCUGGAACGCCGUAG